AUGUCAUUCAACAAAGAAAGCCUCGAUUACGACAAGCAUAAGGCUCAAGUUCGGGAAUUUAUUGAGAAUUACUACGGCCUGGACGAGAACGGGUCAAAGGUCUUCUGCUAUCGUGAUGAAGUACUACGCAUUGCUGAACGCGAGCAAGUGGCACUUUACGUCAAUCUAGAUGAUGUCGUUCGAUUUGACGAGACGCUUUCUACUCUCAUUGAGGGGAACGCCCGACGAUUCCAUCAAAUAUUCAACGAAGUUAUCGAUGAGAUGGUCCAAGAAGUGCUGGGAGAUCGGCAGCCACCUAUUCGCGAUGCCUUGGAUGCCUUCAUCUUCCAAAGAGUACAUAUGGAUGACCAAUCCAAAAUCGCAGAAGGAUUUCUUGGUGGAAGUGUGCAGGAGGCUCGAAAAAAGUACCCACCUCAGCUACUCAGACGUUUUGAAGUUUCUUUCAAGAAUCGCGACACUAUGAAGCCUGUCGCAGUUCGCGAUAUAAAGGCUAAUUGUGUGGGAAAACUUGUGACUGUUACCGGAAUUGUAAUUCGAGCUACAGAAGUAAAACCUGUUGUUGAAGUGAUGACCUAUGCUUGUGACACAUGCGGAGCUGAGGUUUAUCAACCCGUGAAUGGUCCAAAAUUCAAGCCAGCAAAGAACUGUCCUAGCAAAGACUGUGUAGAGUCUAGAGCAAACGGUCGUUUACACAUGCAAGUCCGAGGGUCGAAAUUCAAUAAAUUCCAAGAAAUAAGGAUCCAAGAGCUGAGUGAUCAAGUCCCCGUGGGAUCAAUCCCUCGUGCGCUCACUGUGAACAUUUACGGGGAAUCAACAAGACAAUGCGCUCCGGGUGAUCACGUACGUAUAUCUGGAGUAUUGAUUCCACUUAUGAGGACCGGAUUUCGUCAAGGUGGUGGCGGUUUGGUCACCGAUACAUUCCUGGAAGCCCAUUUCGUUGAAAACGUCCGCUCUCAUGUAGAAGACGAGGAAAUGGGGGACGAUUUAACAGAGGAAGAGGUUGACCUACUUGCACAAGAUAAUCUGUACGAUAUGCUGGCAUAUUCCAUCGCUCCCGAGAUCUAUGGCUUAACAGAUGUCAAGAAGAGCUUGCUGCUCGCCCUUGUAGGUGGCGUUGAUAAGAAUGCAAGUGGAAUGAAAAUAAGAGGAUGUCUUAAUGUACUGCUUAUGGGUGAUCCUGGAGUUGCCAAAUCACAAUUGUUAUCUUAUGUCAAUCGUCUUGCAUCUCGAUCGCAAUACACCACCGGGCGAGGAUCAUCCGGGGUUGGACUGACAGCUGCUGUUAUUAAAGAUCCUCUCACUGGUGAGAUGACACUCGAAGGAGGAGCUCUGGUUCUCGCGGAUCGCGGGAUUUGUUGCAUUGAUGAGUUCGAUAAAAUGAUGGAAGCUGAUAGGACGUCAAUUCAUGAGGUUAUGGAACAGCAGACUAUUUCAAUUGCCAAAGCGGGAAUCUUGACAACCUUGAAUGCUCGCGUUGCUAUUAUUGCUGCAGCAAACCCUGCAUACGGAAGGUACAAUCCCAAGAGAUCCAUAGAGCAAAACAUCGAUCUGCCAGCGGCUCUUCUGUCAAGAUUUGAUCUGCUCUGGUUGAUCCAGGAUAAGCCAGACCGUGAAGGUGACAGGCGACUUGCAUCUCACAUUACCUAUGUCCACAUGAAUGCUAAACAACCAGAAGUGGAGGGCAUGAAGCCUAUCAGCAUGCGUCUUAUCAGACGACUCAUCGAAGUGGCGCAGCGAAGGAAUCCCAUAGUAGGAGAUGCACUACGAGAAAGGCUCGUCGAGAUGUAUGUUGAUAUGCGUCGCGUUUCUCGUGAGAGCGAUGACACCACAUUUGCUUCACCUCGACUUCUCUUAUCUGUCAUAAGGAUGUCGACCGCGCUGGCCCGUCUUCGACUCUCGAAUACCGUAACCCCAGAUGAUAUUGAAGAGGCUAUUCGUUUGAUGCAAGCAAGCAAAGAUUCCUUGCGCCCGGAGAUGCAGCAACAGGAGAUCCGUCAAUCCCCUGUAGACAGAGCGUUUGCAAUUCUUCGAGAACUUAGCCUACUGGCAGGUGAUGCCAUAGGUCUUCAAACUGCUCUGGAGGCAUGUGCGAGAAAAGGAGUGAGCGAACAAGCUCUCCAAGACGCAAUAAGAAUCCAUGAAGCCAAUGGUGUAAUUAUGGUUGAUGGCCAACAGAGAAUCCGUUUUGCUAUGAACUAA